GUUAAAAUGAUACGUCGUUUCACCCCUUGUCGCCGCCGUCGUGGCCUCUAACUCGAGGCUGAAGAAAUAUUUCCACAGCCUCGCGACUAGCGCGUCAGCCUCGCCGAACGCAAGGCCAAAUUUCUUGGAGAUGCGCUGUCGCCGCGCCGAGAACAACUACUCCUCAUAAAUACAAUGUCAGUCGAAAGUGCCAGCGCAAACGACAUGUUCCGGCCCCCUAUCGUCCGAUCCGCCGCCGCUGUCCUGGAUCGGACCCUCUUCACACGGACAUUCCCUAUUGCUGCGGCAAGGAUAACGGAUCAUAAACUCAUAUCGGCGUCGAGGGGAAAGCUAGACAAGAGCAAGGAGUUGUUGAGGGUGGAUAGGGUUUCUGCGGUUAGAGAGGACCCGGAUCCAGCGCUUGCGGCGAAGGGGGGGAAGUGCUUGCUUCUUAAGCCAGAGGUUAAGCCUGAGGAUCCUACGACAUGGAGUGCUAUCUUGAAGCAGGCUGUGGAGGCGAAGGAGAUGAGUGUUAUGCCGUAUGAGUUGACGUUGGAUUAUAAUUACUGGAACUACCUUGAUAUCAUGAAAUCCAUCUUACCAGAAGACUCACAAGAAGAGAUCCCAGUCGGCUUCAGCAUAGUCGGACACGUCGCCCACCUCAACAUCCGCGAAGCCUACCUCCCCUUCAAGAACCUCAUCGCCGAAGUCCUCAUGGACAAGAACCCCACCAUCCGCACCGUAAUCAACAAAAUCGACGACGUCGGGGACAAAUCCGAGUUCCGCACCUUCAGCUACGAGCUCCUCGCCGGCGUUGACGACCUCAACGUCGAGAUCCGCGAGGAAGACUGCACCUUCCGCUUCGACUACUCGCAGGUCUACUGGAACAGCCGGCUGAACACCGAGCACCGCCGCCUCGUCGCUCUCUUCGACCCCGGAUCGGUAGUCUGCGAUGUUAUGGCGGGCGUAGGCCCGUUCGCGCUCCCCGCUGCGAAGAAGGGCGUCUUUGUCUGGGCUAAUGAUCUUAACCCCGCCAGUAUCGCUGCCCUGCGCGAUGCUACGACUUUGAAUAAAGUCGAACCCUACAUCCGCGCUUUCAACACAGACGGGCACAAAUUCAUCCACCAGUGCGCGCAAGACCUGCUUGCGCUCUCUAAGGCCGGGGAGAACAAAGUUUCCAUCCCCUCCAAACAACCGCGUAUGUCGCGCUCCCAAAAAGUCCGCCCCGACCCCAUCCCACCCACCUCCAUCGAGAUCCCACAAACAAUCUCGCACUUCGUCAUGAACCUCCCCGCCACAGCCCUUACCUUCCUCCCCGCCUUCCGCGGCAUCUACGCCGGCCACGAGUCUCUCUUCGCGCCGCACACGUCGACAAAGCUGCCGAUGGUGCACGUCCACUGCUUUUCCACCAAGUCGGAGGAUAAUGUGAAGGAGGGGAUUGAGAUCUCGGGGAUCGUGAGUGAGAUGCUUGGGACGAAGAUGGAGUUUGAGGGGGCGGUGGAGAAGGUGGAAGGGGAUCCGAGGAAGAGGAAGGAGGCGGUGGGGGAGGUGGCGGAGGGGAGGGUCAGGGUGCAUGAUGUGAGGGAUGUGGCGCCGUUGAAGAGGAUGUUUUGCGCGAGUUUUAGGAUACCGGCUGAGGUUGCUUUUGCGAAGGUAUAA